AUGUAUUAAUGUAAAAAAAGUACCGAAAAUAGAAACAAUUCGUUAAUUUUUGAGUAACAGUAACGGUAACGAGUUACUUUUUAAAAUCAAUAACGAGUAACAGCAACAUGUUACAUUUUAGAAAGAAUUACAGCAACUUUUAAUUUUAGAAAGUAACUUUGACAACCUUGGAAAUGCCUCUCCAUUUUGUGAUGUAAUAACUUUUCUGAGUAAUCACUGCACUCAUAGUAGAGUUCGGUUCUAACCAUUUAAUUUGUAAUUUUUAUUCAAUAUAUUUCCUUUGAUUUAGAGAAUAAAAGAGUAGCCAUUACGGAACACCUUGUAUAAUAUGUCAGAGAAUUUAAAAUAAUAUUAGAUAAAACAGCGCAUACUACAAAGCGUUUAAUAUUACAUAAUUUCCUACAAAUUUAAUAUUAUAUUAUUAACCCACGAUAUACAUAAUUGUCAAAACGUGAUCUCCACGAUGAUAGCAGCUCACAAAGUGAGCACAGCAAGCAAAACAUUCAGCAUUACGUAAAACAUCAACAAAAAACUUCAAGACUUUUGAGAGAUAUGCUAAUCGAUUUAACAUACAAAUGCAUAACAUUGAAAUCUUAUAUCAUUUGCAGAUGUUUGUUUACCCGAAGACUCAGCUGAUAUAAAUAAUCUCUUUUUAAUAUUAUACUACCUCUACUUACUGACUGAUCCAUGUACACAGGGUGAUUUCUAAACAAGUUCAAUCUUAUCAGGAUAAAGAUAAGAUUUGCUACCAGCAGAUAUUAAAUAUUUUGUGAAACGUGCAAUUCAAGAACUUAAGAAACAGGAAAUUGUAGAAAAAACUUAACCUGAUCGAAAUAAUUAUUACGACAAGGAUGUUCAUUAUUUUGUUAUUACUUAUUCUUACUGUAUAUUUGACGUGUCAUAUUUAUACGCACUAUGGGCCGGAUGGACGAUUACUUAAUAAAAUACCAGGACCAUUAGGUUUACCAAUUAUUGGUAAUGUAUUGUUAGUGCGAAGUACACGAGAAGGUCUUUGGAAAGUUCUAUGUUAUUUAACCGAACAAUAUUAUCCUAUUGGGAAAGUUUGGGCCUUUUUUACAGUUGCAGUAACUAUUCGUCAUCCCGAUGAUUUGGAGGUAAUACUAAAUAGUACAAAGCAUACAGAUAAGAGUAGAGUUUAUGAUAUACUUCAUCCUUGGUUAGGUACGGGUCUUCUUACCAGUGCAGGCUCCAAAUGGCAAUCACGGCGAAAGAUAUUAACUCCCACAUUCCAUUUCAAUAUAUUACAGCAAUUUGUUGAAAUUUUAAUCGAAGAAGGCGAAAGGAUGACGAAUUCUUUGAAAAAUGCCGAAGACUCUGUUACAAAAGAUUUAAUACCGUUCAUUAGUGAACAUACCCUGAAUGCAAUUUGUGAAACUGCUAUGGGCACUUCUCUACAAGGAUUAGGUUCAUUUCAACAACAAUAUCGAAAAGCAGUUCAUCAGAUGGGUGAAUUUAUUGUUUAUAGAUUACUCAGACAAUGGCUAAAAAACGAUUGGAUAUUCUCAUUAACACCAAGAGGUAGAGAGCAAGCAAAGCUCUUGAAGAUAUUGCACGGAUUUACUGAAAAGAUUAUUAAAGAAAGGAAAGAUUAUCAUAAACUCACCAAUGGGCAGUAUUUGAAAAAUCUUAACAAAGAUGCAGUGGCAGAUGAAGAAAUUAUUGGAAUUCGAAGAAAACGAUUAGCUAUGUUGGAUCUCUUAAUACAAGCGUCUCAAGAGGGACUUUUAACUGAUAAGGAUAUUAGAGAAGAAGUUGACACUUUUACAUUCGAAGGUCAUGAUACUACAUCAUCGGGUAUAUGCUUUACUUUGGCAUUAUUGGCCGAACACAAAGAUAUUCAGGAACGUGUUCGAAAAGAAAUCGAUGUUAUUAUGAAAGAAAAUCAAGAGAAACUUACAAUGAAAUCGUUGCAAGAUCUGCAAUAUUUAGAGAGAUGUAUAAAAGAAGCGUUGCGUUUAUAUCCCAGUGUUUUCUUCAUAUCACGAAAUACGUCGGAAAAAGUACAAUUAAAGUCAUAUUUAAUACCUGCUGGAACAUUAUUGCAUCUUAAUAUCUUUGGUGUACACAGAGAUCCUAAGUUUUGGCCAAAUCCAGAAAUAUUCGACCCAGAUAGAUUUUUACCUGACAAGAUCCGAAAUCGUCAUCCUUAUUCGUAUUUACCAUUCAGUGCUGGACCACGUAACUGCAUCGGUCAACGAUUUGCUAUAUUGGAAAUGAAGGCAAUGAUAGCCCCUCUGAUUUACAAUUUCUAUUUGGAGCCCGUUGAUUACUUAAAGGAUCUACGCAUUGGAGCUGAUAUAUUACUUCGUCCUUUUACUCUGCAUCGUUUGAAAUUUAUUCCAAUCGCAAAAAAAUGCAUAUAAGUAUUUGAAGACAUUAUUAUACAUUUGUUUUUUAUGUCGUGGUAACUUUGGUCUUUGUACUGCAUCUUGUAUGGCAAGAUUUAUACAGGGUGAUUAUUAAUGACUGUUUCCAUGUUUUACCAUAGGAGCAUGAUUUAUCGACGGAUACGUAUUUCUAACAUAUUAUUAUAUUAGAAAUUACAAAUGCGUGCUCCUAUGGUAAAAAGUGGGAACAGUCAUUAAUAAUCAUCCUGUAUAAUCUCUCGAAACGUAUACGUGCAUCGUCUAAUGCAAACACCUUUGUGUACGCGGACAAUUUACGCGUUGUCUAUUACAAGUUAAUUAAAACAUUAGAAAAGGUGCAAACAAGUAUCGAUGACUUUAUUAACAUCAAAACUGUCACCUUUUUUGAAGGGGGAUUUGUCAGUUGCCUGAAAGAUGGAACAAAAUCGUCGACUUAUUGUUAGUGAAGGAUUUGCUAUUUCAAAGUUUAAAAAAUUUGUGUGUGUGUGUGUGUGUGUCUGUGUGUGUGUGUGUGGGUGCGUGGUUUUCUUAUAAAGAAACAGUAAAUUUAGUUCAGAGAAGAACGGUACCAAAUUAAUUUCUGUAACCUAAUACUUACUGCUUGACAAAUACAUAUCUAUUUUGCAAACUGUAUUAGAUUCUAUAAUGCUGCAAUACAUGCCAUUUCAACAAUUAUUAUGUUCUUAGUAGUAUAUGUACACGUUUCUUGCAAGCGUUUUAUUUUCAUACAUAUCUUAAUUUACUGCCACGCUCUAGCCUUGCGUUAUUAACAUUAUGUUUGGUGUUUCUCGUUACAUCUAGCGCUGUUAUAAUCACUUUUCAAAAAAGUGAAAUAGAUGUGCGACGCAUAUGCAUGUGAGUUCACGAGAUACGAGACAAAAUGUGACUCAUGGCGAGUUAGCUAAUCGUGCGUUACUACACCGACAUUUGUAUUAGAAGAUUUUAUUUGCAAUAAAUAUGUAAGUGAA